AUGAAUGCAGCGCAGGGUCAAGGUCAAGUUCCCGAUUACAAAAAGCGGGUCGGCAGCCUCGAUUUCGUGAGCCGCUCAGAGGAUCGAAUCUAUGGAGAUCAGGCGGCUUUGCGCGCUAAGGUACAAUUGGUCACUGAGACUCUUCAGAGAUAUCAUCCAAUAUUCAACGAAGGAAAGAGUUUUGCACGGCAUAGGUCGGGGCUCUUUUCUAACACUUACGCCAGCGCACUCGAAGCAAAAAUCAGAAAAAACUUCGACAACCGCGACCCCGUUGGGGCCGAUCCCGAGAGCUCUGCAAAUUCGGAGAAUGAGUCGCCAAACUGGUCUGGCAUGAUUCGAGGUACCAAAGAGGAACAUUUUCAACGUGUCGGAGGUAAUGAAAGUUACCAGUUUCGUGCCCAAGGCCAUCUGAUCCGAGUGUCUGGAAAAGAGCGAGGGUAUAUUCUCAGAUUCCCUCAAGAUCUUUUGGAACCUUGGCCACAUGAGCAGGAUAUAGGGCAAGAGAAACAAAGUAUUCUGGCUGGUAUUGGAGAUAUGCGUAUGUUGACAGAUGAUGUGGAAAAACUGAUCAAACACAAAGACCAGUUCAUUUCCGAGCUCGAAAAGCGCUAUUAUGAUAUUUGCCAGUAUGAAGCCGAUUUAUCUCGGCCUCCCGAGUCCGAAUUAGUAUCAGUCCAACCCCAAAUACGAGAACCUUCAUUGGCCAACUCUAUCCUUGUUGACGCAAGAGGUGACAUUGACUAUGGAGUCCCCGAAGAAGUCGGCAACACCGUUGCGGACCCUUCGACUCAAGCAGAUACGCAUGAAGACACUGCCGGGGACGCCAUUCAAAAUAACUCCACGACGGGCACUGCAUCCGGCACGCCACCGAGGGAAAUAGGGAACGACAUGCAAGCCGGAGCGAGAAGGGAUCCGAGCACCCGAAAUGCAAAAAGGUCGAACGAGGGGCAGGACUAUGGUUUCACCGGUACAAAUUUUGACUAUUUCAACAGCAGCGACUCUGACGAGUGGAUGCCAGAUGCUCCAACAACAUCCUUAGGGCGAAAGAGGCGCCGCAAAUCAGAGAGGGGUCCGUACAAGUCAGGGGAGGAGAAAAAGCACUUCUUCAAGUUCAUAGGAGACCGGCUGGACAAAGACAUGGGCUGGGUGCAGAUUGCAGACGAAUAUAACAAAGAAUUUGGGACCAAUCGCUCAAAGUCUACUCUGCAAGGAUACCACUGGAGAGAGAAGGCCAAGAGGAGCAAGAAAGGCAUUCAGGUACGGAAAUACCCUUUCAAUCAUCUGUGA